UUCUUCCCACAGCCGUCACGGCCGCUCCGGUCACAAACGCCGGGGUGGGCGUGGCCAUGUACGUCAUAGAGCGGGGCCCACAGUUGGAACUAGGAAGUCCGCCGUCGCCGGGCGGUCCUCGCGGAACUCCCUGGUGCCAGGCAGCCGAUGAGCGUCCUUAGGAACCGCGAAUGGGAAGCGGCCUCGGACGCGGGCUCAGCCUUCCGUCCCUGCCCGCGGUGUCCCGAGCGGCGCGGGAUUCGCCCACAGGUCCUGGCUCCCCAAUAGUAAGAAGCGUCAAGUAAAGGAAUGAAGGAAGGAAAAGAAGGCUCUUAGACUUGGGUACCAUCAUUUCUGGGGACAACUUUAACUGGAUACCUACAUGUCUACCUCUAAGAACUUCACGGCAGAUGCAGAGGACACAACAUACAUAGAAUCCAUGUAACUCAGUAUUUCCUGAGCACAGAAGAAAAUGAUGGGAGCCCAGGAGUUGCUGACACUGGAGGAUGUGGCUGUGGAGUUCAGUUGGGAGGAGUGGCAGCUGUUGGACCCUGCUCAGAAAGAACUGUAUCGGGACGUGAUGUUGGAGAACUAUAACAAUCUGGUUUCACUGGGGUAUCACACCGCCAAACCAGAUGCUCUGUCCAAGUUGGAACAUGGAAAAGAACCACGAAGAGAGGAUGAAAUCUAUGCUGGAAGCUGUCCAGGAAUCAGGAAAGUUGACAGUUGUCUGCAAGAGCACUCUCACAACCAAAUAGUUCUGAAGAGCAUCCAACAGUGCCAUGAAAGGAAGGCUCUUAGAAAUACUUUUCAUCUGAGCAGAACCAAUAUAGCCAUACUACGUAAUCAUAUGUUGGAAUUAUGUAGGAACGCUUUGAAAUCAAGUUUAAUUAACCAGAAGCAAAGAUGUGAAGUAAAGAACCCUGUUGAGUUUAAUGGAGAUGAGAAAUCCUUUCUACAUGAUAAUCAUGAACAGUUGUACACUGGAACGGAAAUCCCUAAAAGUGAAAAACACAUCAGCACUGAAUUACAAGUCUCUAAGCAUCAGAAGACUCAUAAAAUAGAGAAAUCCCAAGCAUGCAUCCAAGGUGAGAAAGCCUGCAUCAGGACAUCUCAGCUCAUCAACCAUGGGGGCAUUGAUACAGGGGAGAAAAGCCAUGGGUGUGAUUCAUGGAAAUCCUCCAGAAAUGUCAUUCUCACUCAACAUCAGAAAACUCAAACACGAGACAAAGUCUCUAUAACCAACGAAUACAGAAAGGGCUCUCCUGUGAACACUGGUCUCACCAGACAUCAGAAAACCCAUUCAGGAGAGAAAUCCUAUAUAUGCAGUGACUGUGGGAAAGGGUUCACCGUGAAGCGCUACCUGAUGGCACAUCAGCGAACACAUAGUGGAGAGAAGCCUUAUGUUUGCAACGAAUGUGGGAAAGGCUUCACUGUGAAGAGCAAUCUAAUUGUGCAUCAGCGAACUCAUACAGGGGAGAAACCCUAUGUAUGCAGUGAGUGUGGGAAAGGCUUCACCAUGCAGCACUAUCUUGUUGUACAUCAGCGAACACACACUGGAGAGAAACCCUAUGUAUGUGAUGAAUGUGGAAGAGACUUCACUGUGAAGAGUAAUCUCAUUGUCCAUCAAAGAUCUCAUACAGGGGAAAAAUCUUAUAUAUGCAGUGAGUGUGGAAAAGGCUUCACCGUGAAGCGCAAGCUCACUAUACACCAGCGAACUCAUACAGGAGAGAAAUUGUACAUAUGUGAGGAAUGUGGGAAAGGCUUCACCACUAAGUGCACCCUCAUUAUACAUCAGCGAACUCACACAGGAGAAAAACCCUAUGAAUGCAAUGAGUGUGGGAAGGCCUUCAGCCAGAAGAUCAGCCUCAGACAACACGAGCGAUGUCAUACGGGAAAGACACCCUUUGUGUGUAGUGAGUGUGGAAAACAAUAUUCUCACAAAUAUGGUCUCAUUACCCAUCAGAGAAGUCACACAGGAGAGAAACCGUAUGAGUGCAAGGCAUGUGGGAAAGCCUUCGCCACAAAGUCAGUCCUCAAUGUCCACCAAAGAACUCACACAGGAGAGAGACCCUAUGAGUGCAGCAUUUGUGAGAAAGCCUUCUCCCAAUUGUCACACCUUGUUAAACAUCAGAAAACGCACACCCGAGAAAUGGGUAGAUUCACUCAAGCUGAAAAUUCUUUUAAUGGAGAGUCACGGUCACUACCUGUGAGUGAAGUCAUGCGGAACAACACACCUAUUAAUGCAGUUUCUGUGGAAUGCCUUCUGGGACAACCAGGACCUCAUUAAACAUCAGUGUUUCUAGCAGAUGAGAAUGCAAACAUGGUAAUGCCUGUUGUCAGACGUGUGCCCUGAGGAGAUUAAGGAAUUUCCCGGGAGAUUAACUUGGUGAGGACAGUGACUGUGGUAGUGCCUUGAGUGAUCCUUACCUCACAUUUUCUGUCAGUGAAAACAUGUUGGAAAAACUCUGAUACGUCCAACGUGAAGAUGCCUUUCCAGCUUCAUUAUAUGCCUCAACAAAACUUUCUGGCUUCAAUACACGUAUGAAAAGUGCAUAUUGAGACAAAUUCUGUGUACACAGAGACGAGGAAAGCUUUCAGUGGGAAGAUAGACUUUAUUAUCAGGGAUUGUCAUAGAUCAUCGGUGUGUUCAUUGUUCGUAGGAGUAUGAAAAACAGACAAACGAUAAAAAACAAAGAAAUGUGGUAACCACGGGAAAGCCGCUACCCAGAAAGAAGACCUCAGUGAGAGUCACAGUUCACACUGGACACAACCUUUAAGAGAACUGCAUUAUAUUUGACAAUCUCACUGAUGCAUUCUACCCCAUCGUUUGAAAAUCAUAUAGAAGUUAAGGCUUUAUGAACAUGCUAAAUUUAGAGCACUUUUAGUCAAAUAUCAGAGAACUUACAAAGGGAAGAAGUUCUAUGAAAAGGGGUAAUGUGGUUUUUUUUGUUUUUUUUCAAAGCUGGAGUAAUUUUUAUUGAUUUCAGGCAAAGUAGAUUUUAAAACAAGAAAGAUUAUCAGCAGUAAUCUAUAUAUAUAUAUAAAGCCAGUGACUGGAAUGCCACAACAACCAUAACAACCAGAGACCAGAACACCAGGCCCCUCACCCAGGCUGCCCCCGCCCCACAGGGAGCGGUUAGGGGUGCCCCUAGGCAACACGAGAGGGUGCGAGUUUGAUGGGGGAAGGUCUAAGGGUCUGCCGGGUUGGGGUGGUCGCCCGGAGUAGGUGUGGAGUGUGCGGGGGAAGGAAGAGGAAGAUCCGAUUGGAGGACGCUCAGCACAGUACCUUUCUCAUUGCGACCAGGACGGCGCCAGCCGCGGACUGAAUGGGCGGUUGUUUCAUGCGUGCGCCUGGGCCCGACAUGUUCAUGGCAGCGGCAGUAACUCCCGAAACUUCACUGAUUCCAAAUAGUAAACAGCUAUCAACGCCAAAGAACAGAAAAACCCCCUCCAACAAGAGGCCCCGGACGAUGCAACGCGACUGAAGGAAACACCACUUGAGGAGCUAGAAAACAGGGGUAAUGUUUGAGUGGGUUUUUGUUUUUGUUUUUUAAAGACCAAACUGCUACACCACUGGUCGUGGUGGUGGUUUCUAUUUUGAAUCUGUACCAAUGGUCCUCAAACUUCAGCAUGCUCCGUUUCUUUUAAAUAUAUUUUUCAUUGAUUUCAGAGAGGAAGGGACAGGGGGAGAGAGAGAGAAACAUCAAUAAUGAGAGAGAAUCAUUGAUCAGCUGCCUCCUGCACGCCCCCUACCUGGAAUCGAGACGGCACAACAAUGGGAAUCGAACCAUGACCUGGUUCAUAGUUCAAUACUCAACCACUGAGCAACAUCAGCUGGGCUGAGUGUUCUGUUAUAAGUCUAACUUUAUUUCAUUUUACAUUAGAUAAUUCACCUGAUAAAAACUAGUGUGCUUUCCUCACUCCUGAUUUAUUUUUACUGUUAAAUGCAACAAAGGAGUGUUCUAUGACCUCAUACGAUUAGCUCUCACCUUUCUUUGGGUUGAAAUUUAAUUGUAAAUUUACCAUACAGAAAUAGUUUAAAAGAAAACAUUUUAAAUUUAUAAAUAUAACAUAUUUAAUCUUACCCAGUCAAGUUUAUAAGUAUGGCCAAAUAUUUUAUAAAACCACCUUCAAAGUUAUUUUUAUAAAAUGUUUAAUAUGAAAUUAUUUUAACUUACAAGAAAUUGCAAAACAGUCCAUAGACUUUCCUAGUAUUCUUUACCCAGCUACUCCCAGUAAAAACAUCUGAUAAAACCAUUUUUUAUUGAAUCCAGAAAGAUGACAUUGGUAGUAUACUGUUAAUGAAACUCUUAACCUUAUUUGGAUUCUAUUAGACUUUACAUGUAUUUUUUUUAAGUUUGUAAUUCUAAGCUUUAUUACCUUAUAUAGAGCCACAUAACCAAAACCAUGAUGGAAAAUUGCUUAAUCCACAGACUCCCCCGUGCUAAUGUUUUUUAGGCUCAUAUCCCCUCUAUCUAAACCUACCUCUGGCAAACACUUGACCUGUUUUCCAUCAGUUUAAUUUUGGCAUUUCAUGAAUGUUAUAGGAAUCAUUUUUAUAGUUGGAUUUUAUAUGUUUUAUAUAAAUCAAUUGUAUUUAUUUAUACAAAUUUAUGUUUUACUAAUGGGGACCAUGUAAGCAUUUCGUGUUUUUGUCACUUGGCAGAUUGCUCUUAAAUUGAGUUGAGAAUGGUGUUCUUUUUAUUAGUGAGUACAUGCAUACACUGGAUAUACCAGUUUGUGUAGCCAUUCAAACUCGUGAAAGAUUUGUAUUGUUUCCUGGUUUCAGCUGUUAUAAAUCAUACUGAUGCUAUGAA